AUACAUCCGGUGAUUGUCUCGCGUAAUUCGGGCACUUCCGUGUUAUGGAAACGGACGCCGACACCUCUUUGGUUCCCACCCAAACAAACAAAGCUCAGAUGGAGAUUUCCUACUCUCAUUAAUACGAGCUGGAUUUAUUUCCAGAAAACAAAGCUCCCCUCAACUAGAUACGAUGUCGGCCGGUUACUUUCUUUUCCUGUAAUUUUAUCUAGCUAACAGACGGCUGGGCGCUUUAUUUCAGGCAUUGCGCAACAGUGUUAUUAACGUUGCCGCAGCUAGCCGCCACUCAGUAUCCAAACAGCAGCCGGUGCUAAGCAAGGCAGGGCAGAGAUGACAAGCGCUUUGGCUGAGACACUCUGUACUUUAUAACAGGUUCUGUGGGCACGCAGUGACAGCCCAGUUUUGUCACUGCUUGGAGAAGAUCACAUGUUGAGAAGGGUUUUUUCAAACGAGCUAGCUACCAGCACACUGAGCAUCCUUGUAAAUUAAUCCCCCCACCUCCUGUUUGCUCUGCUGCGGUGUCUUCCUGGGCUUCUCCAAACCCACUUACUAUGAGUGCAAUGCGUGUGGAUGCCAAAGUGGUUAUGCUGGGAAAGGAGAGCGUGGGGAAGACCAGCCUGGUAGAGAGAUACGUUCAUCAUCGCUUCUUGGUGGGCCCGUACCAGAACACUAUCGGUGCUGCUUUCGUUGCCAAACCAAUCCAGGUGGGAGAGAAGGUGAUUACCCUAGGAAUAUGGGACACAGCGGGAUCAGAGCGCUACGAGGCGAUGAGCCGAAUCUACUACAGAGGAGCCCGGGCAGCCAUCGUCUGCUACGAUUUGACUGACAGCAGCAGCUUCCAGCGAGCCCGUUUCUGGGUGAAGGAGCUGCAGAACUGCGAAGAACACUGUAAGAUCUACCUGUGCGGCACCAAGAACGACCUGGUUGAAGCAGAUCGGAGUGUGCGCCAAAUCGACUACCACGACGCUCAGGACUUUGCUGAAGAGAUUGGUGCACAGCAUUUUGAGACCUCCAGUAAAACAGGAAAUAAUAUGAGUUGUUCCAGAAAAUUGCUGAGGAUUACAACAGCACUGCCUUCCAAUAUAUGACAGCAGAAGAAACAGGCGUCGACUUGGGUCAGAAGAAAGACUCAUAUUUCUACUCCUGUUGCCAUAACAACUGAUGUCGAGCAUGAGGAAGAGAAACGGACGUGGUCACUUUGCCUCGGCUGGAGUAAAACCUGGAUAUGCUGGAUGUGUGUCAGAUAACUCAGCUGGGAUCCAAAAAAAAAGAAAUCAGGCAGAACUACUUACACCUUGUUGGAUAUGUUUAUUUCUUUUGUGCCAUAAGAACUGAAGGCUGCAAGACUGUAACGAAGAGGAUCGACUUCUGCUGUUACUGGGUGGAGAGGGAUUUACAAUCCAACGCUCGCACUUUUCACCCAGUUAUAUCCUGUGUUGUCCUCUUAUGAGCUGGUCCCUGUUCCUCUGGACUAUGGAAGUAAACAUAUCUGUAAAGCUGCAGUGUCAAACAAUCUGAAGCCGUGCUGUGGUUAGAAGACGACCUUUGUCGCUGAGAAGGAUCCUGCUGGACACAGACAGGCCGACAAAACUUGAUUGAGGCUCUUUUUUGUUGUUGCAACUGCAGUGCUUAAGGAGGGUGAAUGGUUUGUUUACAGAAGUUCAUUUUUGUUUACCUCCUACUCUAUUUAACCUCGUUGUGGAAACCCGCCUGUCAGUCCUGCACGUCCUCCAUGAAGCCUACAGGAAUGGAGCGACACCUAACAGGGUGUGAUCUGACAAACAAAACACUCCUGUGUCCCCCGUCGUACUAAAUUGAAAUGAAUUCUUGUUAAAAAGAAACAUAAACUAAAUGAUACCAAUGAUCUUUAAAAGGCCUUAUUCCCGCAGUAGAAGUAGCAGGACUGUGUGUGUCUUUAGUGUUUACCGAGACAUACCACGACUUUUGCCAAGUGACAGCCAUGGAUGUAUUAACAGAGCUGGAUACUGCGCCACCACGUUUUCCCCCAGUGGCCACUCGUGGUACUGCAACAAGCAUUUCCCCAAAGACUACAAUAUUUAAAAGACUUGUCUCUGAAACUGUUGACGUGACACCUUAAAAGUUACAACUCUUUGUGUAAAGAAUUUUAAAUCAAUGUAGGUUUUAGAUUUUUAAAACCUUCCCAAAGUCAAGAAAAGCAAUCCUUAUGUUUGUUACGCCAUCCUCAUGUAAAGUCAACGAGCUAAGUGGAAACACGUGCACGGAAGAAACACUAAUGAGCGCGGGCAGUGGGCGACACAACACGGAAGGAACCCAGAGGCUGGAUAUAGAGUUGAAGUCCCGUUCCUUCCUAUGGACAACCACAGCACAUAUUCACAUGGCAGCCAUUUUCCUCAGGGUAGGAAGCUUAAAUGUCCUACUGUUGUGUUUCAGGUUGGAAGUUGUACAAACAGACGUAACCUGACAAAUUGUUAUUAUUUAACCAACUCUUGAUUGACCGGCAAAUUCAAAGACAACACUGAACAUUCAGAGUGAUAUCAGGCUAUAUAACAAGGUAGAACAACAUAUUUGAUCCCAUUAUCAUCCGCUGGGUAACCACUAACGUAAGCAUUCAACCGCUUCCUGGCUAACAUUACUUUUUGAUAAUGUUGGAUGGUAUGACAUGAAAGCUGUUAAUUAACAUUCAAAUGUCAAUGCACACCUUGUUCUCAUUUAUUGAAUGUUAGACAGCUUAAGCUCACGGUAACUAAUUUGUUAUCAAAUAUGUUGAUGUACCUGGAUAUACGGGCCAAAGUUCCCCCAGAAUUUCCCUUUCUGUUGUCUUAUCAAUUGCUAAUUAAUUGGGGAACUGUAAAAUAAUAACAAUCUGUCAGAUUCUCUGCAUACAACAUCAUCUUUUUGAUUUGAUUAGUUGGACUUCCCACCCUGAGCAUGACGCCUUAGGAAAGCGGCUGCCGUGUGAAUAUGGUCUACAGGGCACAGCUGUGUUAUCUAUUUUUGAAGUGGACACACUCAGUUAACAUUCAAAUGAAAAUGCCAGCCUUACUAGAAUCCAGUAUCCAGUUCUUAUGUUACAUCCAUGGUGACGGGACGUACAACAUAUAUCAGAGACGCUAUCUUUUGUUGCAUAAGCUAUGUUUCUGUCGAAAGAAAAUAAAAUAAGCUGAUGUAAAGGUGGCGGUUACCAAAAUGCCAAGAUGUGUGUAAUUAAAUUUCAUGGCCUUGGCUGACUGAAAGAAAAAACUCAAGGACAGCCAUUUUCUAAAUUUUGACUCUAAAUUUUCUAUUUUGUAGUUACAAAUGCAAAGUACACAUAUAGAAAUACAACUGUUUAAUUUUCUUUUAAUCUUCACGAUAGCAGUUCUUUGAAGACGAACUUCGAAGACACAGAGAAAGACAAUGGAAGAGCAAAGUUCCCCUGCAUCAUGUUGAGAAACUGCAGAUUUCAACAACACUGGAAAAAAUGUGGUGAAUGUUGUAACAUGGUACAAACUGUCAUCUCUGGUUCUCAGAAUAAUAUUUACAUCUGUAUUUAACUGGAAGACUCGAGUCACUAAUUUAUUGCCUUUUAAGUUGUGCUGCCAAGAAGACCUGGGGAAAAUAAAAAGGAUACAAUCCAUGUUGCUGCUUCGA